CAAUUGGCGGCAAAAUUUGGCCGUGCGUGCGUGCAAUUUGUGUGUAAAUUAUUUGUUUUGCCCCCAAAAUUGCAUGUUUGAGGUAUUGUGAGUCCGAGAAAUUGAGUGCAAGUGAUUAAGAGUGAGAUUUCAGGUGAUUCAGGUGUAUUCUGUGAGUGAAAACAUGGAACAGAAGCAGUUUUGGGAGGAAUAUCGGAGUUUCUUGGAAACUUUUGCUGCCUCAAUUAAUCCAAACGAUCCACUACCCCUCCGUGUGUCCAGCUACAAUUUGUCCAGCGAUGAAAUUGAUGGAGAAAUUAUCCACUGGGCUCUGCAAUAUUUGUCCUCAAGAAAUUGUCCAUCAACAUUGCUCAAUCCAAUAAUCCGAGCCGUUAUUGAGAAAAUUAAGCAGCAAUGCCAGAAAUCCCCAGACGUCUGUGGCUACAAUCCCGAGAAGAAAUUUUAUCAACCAAUUAAACUGAUGAGAUCAGUCACAGCAAUGGUGGAUGAGGUAUGCCUCAAGGCAUUGGACAAUGCGAAAUUGGAUUUGAUGCUGCCACGGAUAUGCCUGUCGAAAUUGCCACCAAAGUAUGAGGCGUACGCCAUGAAGAAUGGUCGACGAAUAAUGGAGGAUCGGCAUGUGGUGGUUGAUGAUUUCAAUGGAUUGUUCGCCGUCACAGCGAGUGAUUCCCAACGUACCGGCUACUAUGCCAUUUUCGAUGGUCACGGAGGUGUAGAUGCUGCAGCCUACAGUGUUUCACAUCUCCACUACCACCUCGCGGAGAGUGUCUACUACCCCCAUUCACCGGAAGAGGCAAUCAGGGAUGCCUUCAUUCGGACUGAUGAAGCUUUUAUCCAAAAGAACCAAUUUCAUACUCUGAAAGGUGGUACAACGGCCCUAUGUGUGCUACAUCGACCAGAGGAAAAGAAGCUCUAUGUGGGAUGGGUUGGUGAUACACAGGCGCUCUUAGUUAAAAAUCGAAAAGUUUUCCAAACUGUUAAACCCCAUAAGGCUGACGUGGAGUCGGAGCAGAAGAGAAUCGCCAGACAAGGUGGUGCUUGUUUGAUGUUUAAUGGCAUUUGGCGUGUUAAUGGACAAUUAGCAAUCACACGAGCCAUCGGUGAUGUUGACUAUAAACCCUAUGUGACGAGUGAACCGGAAAUAAUGUCCAUUCCACUGGAUGGUGAUGAGGACUUUCUAAUAAUGGCCAGUGAUGGCCUAUGGGACCACGUCAAAGAGGACGAUGCUGCGAUAACUGUGUACAAUAUGGCAGCUCUCAAAGCCACAGACAAUUCAGCGUGUAUUUCAAAGUAUUUGGUGGAUAAGGCAAAGUCAAACGGAUCGACUGACAAUAUCACCAUUAUCAUCGUCUUCCUCAAGGAUCCGGCGAUUAUAGGGAAAUCUGUGGCUGAUUGGGCACAGCAGCAAGUGGCCAUGGAAACUGAGUAUGCAACCAACAAUGAUCCACUGUAUGCGAGUGACCAGAUUAUUGGGACAGCCGGUGGGACGUUGGGUUCCGAAGAGGAGGAAGAUAGUUUGAAUAACUUGGUAAAAACUGCCCCGUCACCGUUGGGGAGUGGUGUGACAAGUAGUGAUCUGCUGGGAGAUGAAAAUAAUUUCUAUUGUGAUACGAAUCUGAAUGGAUCUGGUGUGCUGGAGAUUGAGCAAUCAUCAACGGGAAAGCGUUCAGCUUUGGACAGCAAUGACGAUGAUGGUGAUUUGGGGCCAGAGACAGAUGUCGAUGGUGGGGAUGAGAUUAUGCUGAGCCCAAUGGAGGAUGAUGGCAAUGUGCCGGCAACGAAGGAGGAGAAGCAAUUUGAGCCAAAAGAAAUGGAUGCCAGUGAGGAGACACCAGAAGACUACAAUCCAUUUGCAAUGCAUACCAAUGAGGAGCAAUUUGAAGUGCGCCAGGAGAAUAUCAUAUCAUUCACGGAAAAUACCUACAGUGCACCCAUCUCAGGAGAUGAUAUACCGCCAAUACAGCAACGCAAUCCCUUCGACAUUCCAGUGCAACAGCAAGAUUACUUCCAUGUGGAUGCUGAAAUUUCACAAGAAAACACUCAGGUUGAUCAUGAUGAUGCUGUGCAAGAAGAUGUGCCCAAUGAGAGCCCCGUGGUAUCCACAGAGAGUGACUAUCUCAACCAGAAUGUGGACGUAACGGAUGAUUGUGAGACAAUUGCAAAUGUUCCAGAUGUGGUAGCGGAACAAUUGCCGGAAAUUGCCAACGAUGAGAUUUCUCUCUUUGGCAAAAACCCCGAAAGUGUUGUAGCGCAUGAAGAUGAUGCAGCUGCUCCAGAAGUUUUGGAUCACAUCGAGGCCGUGGAGGAAGACAUUCCCGUAGCCGAACAAGAUGUUAUUCCCGAAGCAAACAUCCCGCAGGAGCAGCAACACCUGGAAGAUGUCAAUUGUGAGAUCACCACCACCUCAGAGGAGCAAAAAUCUGAAUGUGUGGUGGCGGAAUUAACGAGAGAAGAAACACCAACAACGGUAGAAAGUGGAGCAAUUGUUGAGAGUGAAGAGGAAUCCGACGAGGAGUGGAAUUACAUUAAAGGAGAGCACCAGAAGGAGUUGAAAGUGAAGGAAUCUCACGCAGUUUCGCAAGCAAUUGCUGAGUCUCAAGAAGCUUGUUCAGAUCUUAUUAACGAGGACACCUUGUCCGAGAGGGAACCAGAGCUUGUUGAUUUGGAAAAGAAGGAAGAGAGUGAGGAUACAAUGGCGUCUAGAUUAAAUCCUGAUGCACAGGAAUUCGUCCCAUCAUCCCCGGUGAAUUCUCAUGGUGGUGGAUUUAAGGAGAAUAACCAUCAUUUGGGGAUGGUGAAGGAUGAAAUACUGGCGCAGAGUCCGCGAAAGGCUCCUGCCGAGAAUUCUCUCUUUGACCUCCCCGAUGCCGAUCAAUUUAAUGCCGAAAUCUCAAAGUGCCCCCAUGAAUUUGAUGGUGUCUACCUACCGCAAUCACCGACGAAUUAUCAAGAAAUCAAUUUGAAGGAAGCAAUGCAUGGGGAUGAGAAGAAGGAUGAGGGUGUGGAAGAUACAUCAGAGAAAUCUCCACAAACUGUUGAUGAGCAACUAAAUGACAUCAUUAAAAAUAUCCCCGAAAGUUUGGCUCUCGGUGAAACGGUCCCAGGUGAGAGUGAUCCCAUGAAUAUGUCCUAUCAUCAGGAUAUAAAUGACGGAUCAUUCUCGAGGGAUCCACACGACAUGAAUUCCGUGCAGCUGCUUCCGUCCAAAGAGGAACUCGAUGAGUCCGGUGAGGAGGAAACAAAGGAGAAUGGGGAUGUACGUGAUGAGGAUCUCAAACCUGAGGAGGAUAUGUUUCAGAGUGAGGAGCCAGAGCGUCGGUAUGAGAUUGAAUCGGAGAAGCCAGAGUCAGAAUUGGAAGCGGCAUCGGUAUUGUUGGAUUUUGCACAUCAAAAGCCAGAUUUGGUUGACUUCAUGGGAGGGGGUGUUAAUCCAAUUGUGCCUCAGGAGCAGAAUAAUGUUAGUGUGACAGAUUUAGAUUCGGACUUUACAGGAAUUGCACAACAGGCCAAAAUGCCCGUAGAUGCAUUUGUAUCUUCCAAUGCCAGGGUAGAUGAACAGGGUAUGGAUUUGAAUUUACUCCCGGAAUCCGAAUCCAAAAGUCAAAUGGACGAGAAGGAGCUCAAUGUUGAGGAUUCUCCUGAAUCUGAUCAUUGUUUCCUCAAGGAAUCCGCAACGGAUUUGAUGGUAGAACAGGAGGAGACUGUUGUGCCGAGUAAAGUUGAAACGCCACCACCAACGCCUGCUGUUAACAAUGGUAUGAUUGAAAUUCCCGAAGCAAUGCGUCUGACUAGUCCUGAGCCACAUAAACUCAUGGAGGCUGUGGAGAAAUUGGCUGAACCAUCUGAACCGAUUGAACCUGCUGCCGUGGAGGCAGAGAUUGUUAAGCAGGAGGUGAAAAUUGUGGAAGAAACGAGUAAGACUGAGGUGGAGGAGAAGAAGGAUGAUGAAUCUGUGCUUCCAGCUGUUUUGGGAGUAGCAUCAGCCGGGGUUGCUGUAGCAGCUGUAACAACAUUGCUGGCAGCUGCCACAGAACCGGCCAAGGAGGAGGAAGUGAAGAAGGCAACAAAAGCUCCAGCUGAGAGUUCCAAGAAGGAUGAACCAAAAGCUAAACCACGUACGACUAAGCCCAUGGGGACAGCUAAGCCAGCCACAGCAACUGCAGCACCACGAGCUGGUGCAAAACCAGCCACAGCUGCGGCGGGUAAAACAUCACCGGUGAAGCCACCAUCCACACUCAGCACUCGUCCAAAGUCAAGUCCAGCGGCGACUACGAAACCUCCAACUAGCACAACAGCCAAAUCGCCUCUUACAGCCACAAGGAAACCUCUGGCAUCACCGUCAACAGCUACUAAAUCGCCAUUGGCCACAACUGGAACCACCAAAGCAACAGCAGCCCCACGUGUCUCAUCAGCUACGAAAUCUCCCCUAACCCGACCAACAUCCACCACAACCGCCAAAACGUCGUCAACGGCUGGAGCUACUACGAAGACCACGACAACCACGACAGCAGCAGGAAAUGUUAAGAAGACGACAUCGACAGUGACAGCAACAAAGAAUCUGUCAUCGAAACCAACUGUGCUGUCGGCAAGGCCCAAAGUGCCAGCAGCAGGUGGUACUUCCGUAGCGAGCUCCACCACGACGACAGUGACGAAAACCACACGCACAGCCCUCUCGUCGGCAAAACCGAGAGUACCGAGUGCAACGACCACGACCACUACGACUCGAACAUCAGCUGGAGCGGCAAAGGACAAAGAUGCAGCCGCCACGAAAACGUCCACCACGACAACGAGGACAACAUCCCGGCCCAUGUCGGCAAGUACGAAGCCCAUUGCGCCAAAGCCCACAAUUACAUCGACAUUGCGGAAGACAGCUGAUGCCACAUCAAAGGUUACAACAACUAGCUCUGCAAGGAAUGGCGUAAAGACAACAACAACGACCACUUCAACGGUGGCAAAGAGGCCGGGAUCACUCACAUCGCGUACGACGACAACAACAACAACAACCAAAAAGGCAACAACAACAAAACUGAGUGAGAAAAAGCCCGUGUCAACGGUGACGGAAAUUAAGACGAUCGAAGUGACGGAGAAGCUGUCGAAUGGUGAUGUUUUGCAUACAGAGGGGAAUGUUGAUGGGAUUGAGGUGAAAAAGGUGGAGGAAUCUCAAAAAAUUCACGACAAUGCAGCCCAAUUGAUAAUUGACCUCAAAAAUGAUUAAGCUGUGUAUCCACACAAUUUCUAAUCUCUCUCUUCAUUUUGUAAUUUAUGAAGGAUUUUUUUUUUCAUCACUUUAAUAUUCUUUAUUUUAUCACUACUUUUUAUCUCGAUAACAGACCAAUCAAAGCUGAAUUGUUUGAGGUGCGCCGGCAGCGUUGAUGGCAAGCAAAGAAAAUAUUUUUGAGUGAGAGAGUUUUGCAAAAGGAAGAAAUUUGUAUAGGGAGAAGAAGAAGUAAAAAUUGAGAACGAAAUUAGGCACAACGAGAGGAAGUCGUUAUUAUUCUGAAAUAUUGACUUUUUUAAAAAAAAAAUCAUGUUUAUCGUCUAACAAGACGGCUAUUUUAGUUUAUUUUUAGUGACAUUUUUUUUAAUUUGAUAUUGUUUGAUUGCACAUACACCAAUUUUUUGUCUUUCAAGUUGCUUUUUAUCAUUUUUUGUUUUGUCGCAAAAUGCGAAGAAAAAGAAAAUUUAUCUAAACUUUUAAUCGAAUCACACGUAAUCUAGCGCAUACAAUUGAAAAUAUUAAUCUAACUGCAAUACUAAUCAUUCAUAUAAUUGAUAAAAUUAAAAGAAUAAAAAAAUAAAAGAAACUUAAUGGAUGAGAGAAAAUGCAAAAGAUAAGGGGAGGAAUCAAAAGGAAUGCCGGAAGGAACAAGAAUUAUGUAUUGGAGAAAAAAAAAACAUGAAAUAAUUACCAAUUUAUGGAAAAGUAGUGAUUAAAUCUUAUAUGUGCUUAUAUCGUAAUAAAUAAAAUAAAAUAAAGAAAACGGAUAAUAUGAGAAGAUGCGCAAAAAAUAUAGGAAUGUGUUUGAUGUGAAAAGUAAAAUUUUUUAUCAAUACGAGAGAUAUUACACGAAAUAAUGCACGUAAAAAUGAUAAUUCAUUAAACUAAAAAAAAAAUACAUUACCUAACUAAUUAUCCUCUUAAAAAACAAACUUAAACACACAUUAACUAAUUAAAAAAGAAAAAAAAAGCCGAAAUGAGAUAGUAAAAAAAAAAGUAUAAUUGUUGUCUGACGCGCUUGGUAAUGAAUUUUCAUUUUUUAAAAAUGAAAAUUGCUUCAUUGACUUCAUGAAGGGACUUUUGUGGAUGGGGGGAUUGGGGGCCAAUUUAAUUUGGAAGAUGUUUGAAGAAGAAAAAAAUGCUCACAGUGCUGGAGGAUUGAGUCAGAUUAAUAAAUUUAAUAUUUCGAGUUGCCUGUUAAAUGUUGCUUUGCCUUAUUACAGUUUUUACUAUACAAUGUAUUUUUAAUGAAAGAAAAAAAAAAGAUUAUCAGUGAGUAAAUAACAAUUUUGAAUGAUAAAUAAAAUAUUAACAAGUAUAUCGUACACAGUGGUAAGUGAGAGAACUUUACAAACAAAAAGAAUUAUAAUUUUAUUCCCUUAUUAAAAUAUAUGUGAGAGUCUCUAAAAGUAAUUGAAUGUUGGAAGAAAAUUUACAAAAAACUCAUUUAGUUUUCCAACCAAAUUGUCCCAGUUAAAUGAAUUUUUCGGUGUUUGAUUUAAAGUGCAAAUUAAACCUGAAAAAUAAACCCCAUUUGCAUCACAGAAAUAUCUUCUAGAAUGAAAAAUAAUACCUAAAGAAGUUUUUAAAAUCCUUAAAAGAAAUUAAAAUAGCAGUCAUCACAUUAAAAUUUCCACACAAUUUAAUUAUUUUUAGAUGCUCUGAUUUAACUAUUAAAAGGGGUAUGAUAUGAGUAUUAUAGGAAUUUUCUUUAACCUGUUUUUCAUUUUUGUUUUAAUUCUGAAUUCAAAGACUUGAUAUUUUUUGGUUAUAAAAAAACACGCGAAAAAGAACCUUUUUACAAUCCUUGUUCUAAUUAUUAUAUUAAAAAGAAAUUGUGUUGAAAGAAACUAAAAAAAAAUAUUUCACAAAAUUCUCUCAUUAUAUUAGUUUGAAAAAAAAGAGAGCUAUAGAGCGAAAAGAAAUCCCUCUAUAUUAGAAAAAAUAAAUAAAUUAAUAGAAAUUGAUUUAAAGAAAAAUUGCACGGAAGUUUUUGCUUUUGGUUUUUAUUUCCCAAAAAAAAUUAUAAGAGAUUAUUUAUCAAGAUUUUUUUCUUAUUUAGUUUUAAAUGAAAUGAAAAAAAAAUUAUAGGAAUUGACAUAUUGAUUUUUUUUGCCUGAAAAUUAUGUAUCCUUAAAUUGGGAUUGCGCAAAAAGAAAUAAAAAUCAAAUCAGCACGUUUUUUUUUUUAAUAUGCGAUAUUAUCAGCAAAUAGAAAGUGAACUUUAUAUUUGAGAGUAAAAAGAAAAAAUUUGAGCAAGAACAAAAAAAAGGUAUAAACAUAAGAUUUUUCUAGAUUGUAAAGCAUUUCUUACAUAUAUUAUUUUGAUAUAAAAUAUAUUUAUAAAUUUUAUGAAGGACAA